AUGAACAGGUAUUAGUAAGAAGAUAAUAUUCGAUUGUCUUAGCACUAACAUACGUUUGGGGUAUCUAACAGCAAGUCACAUAAUGACCAAACACAAUAUCAAAAUGUUUAGCAUUAUAAACCAUCAACGAUUCAUAAUUAAGGUUAUGACUAAUUAAAUGAAGAGCCAUUUUCUAUUAGAUAAAUAUUGAUGAGACUAGACCAUCUAGAGUCUUAGGCGAAGAAUUAAGAAGCACUAUAGCAAAAGGUUUAUUCAUUGGAUCAAGAAUUAUAGUAGCUAAAGAGAUAAGAUAACAAAUAUGAGAAAUUAAAUCAACAAAUUGAAUCAGUAAAAUCAGCAUUUGAAGGAAAGAUUUUGAUAUUUGAUGAAAAAAUUGUGGCUUUAAGCUCAAGGGUUGAUACAAAGCUGAACGCAUUUUUAAAUAAAAUCCAGGAGGAAUUCCCAAAAGCCACUGAUAUUUCAAGAAACUAAAUUGAAAAUUUGCACAACAGUAAAGAAGAUAAAUUGAAGCAAAACGAUUAUUUCGAUGAGAUUAAUAAUCUUUAUAAGUUGGUCAGAAAAAAUCUUUAAGCCUAAAAAGAAUUGUUUGAAGAACUUAAUCUGAUUAAGAAAGCAUUGAUCAAUAACAAUAUAUUAAAUAAUGUGUCAUCUAAAACAACUCCUAAAAAGAAUGAAAUCAUGAUCUAAUAAAACUAACAAACACCUUAAACUUAGAGCAUCGAUCAUGCUUAAAUGUCUCAGUAUAAGAACCCCAUUUAAGUUUCAUAACACAAAGAUAAUAACAUCCAUUUUAACUAAAACUACCAACAAAAUAUGAAUAAAUAGGAAAGAAUACCUGAAAAAUCUUUUGCUAAGAGCACUGAUAACUAUUAUAAUAAAAAAGCAUAAAAUAUCUCACCAAACUAAAAAAAUUCAAAUAAUAACAGAUCUGUUUUAAUAGAAUCAGAUAUUAAAUAUAAUAAUAAUAGAUAACAACCUGAGCAUAAUCAACCAAUAAAAAUAGAAGAUGAAUUAAUGAAUUCCUAGGAAUUUGACAUUAUAAACUUUAAGAAAUCAAAGAAAGGGUCUAUAGAUUAUAGUAUUAAAUAUAAUGAUAAGAGUGAUAAAAAAAGGGACACCUUAAGUUUAAGCCAAAGUUUACCAAAGAGCAAGCUAAAUUUAAAUGGAACUUAUCAAAGUAGCUACUUCGAUAACACUUAGGAAAUUUAAAAAAUAGAGAAACAAUCUUUAACUGAGUUCGAGGAAAGAAAAAGAAAAAUUGAUGAAGAAAUAAAUAGAAGGAUUCAGUUAGAAAAUGCAAGAAGAGAAUAGGUGAUUAUUCAAGAUAAGGAAAAUACAUCAAAAAUAUAAGAAAAAUAAUAAAAAGAGCAAUUUAAGAACACUCCUUUGGGGACAGAAAAGUCGAGAGAAAAGGAAAUCUUAAAUAGACUUAAUUUAGAAAGAAGAAUGAAAGAUGAAAAAAUUCAGCUUUAUAGUGGGAUUUAAAAAUAAAACAAUAAUAAUUAGUUACAAUCAAAUUAAUACUAAAACCAACCACAACAAUAUUUCUAAUCAAGCCUAUAAAAUAAUAACAGCAAUCCAAACUAUAGCUAAGACUUUAAGGAAAUGAGGGAUAGCAAGAGUCCUUUUAGGAUGAAGACAUUACAGUGA